ACCCACUUCCACUUUCCACCAUCCAGAGUCAGCUGUUGUGCCAGUGUUAGCACUCUGAGAGUGCGUCAUGUCAUAAUAUUUUCAUCAGGACAUCACCCAACUCCACUUUAAAAUGGAUCCUUCGUAACAAAAGUUUGUUAAAUAUAUAUUUUUUACAAAGUAAUGAUAUAAUAUUUUGUAUGAGUACAGUAUUGACGUUGCAUUUUUAUUUUGGUGUUUCAUUUAUUAGUGGUUAAUUAACAGAAAUAAAUCAAUAACAGUAAUUUUCACCAUGUGAUUUAAAGUACAAAGGGAAGUUAUUUUUAAGACUUUUACUCUUAUAACAUGAGCUGACAUCUGUACAGAUUGUUCCAGUUUUCACCAGUUUUUUAAACUAUGAAGUAUACCAAGUGCUAUAUACAUUUUUGAUGGUGUGAAUUGUAAAUGUCAAUGUGAUUACUUAUAUCAGACAUGUGCUUAAUAGGGGUGUUAUUUUUGUUGGUGACAUGUUAUGCACACGAGAAGGAGAAUUUAAUUAUUGGUGGGCUGUUUGAAGAAGAUAGAGGCUACUCCCGAAAAGCGUUUGUUCAUGCCACUGAAUGGGUAAACGAAAAAAACAUCUUGCCCCAGUUCAAAUUGGUGCCUAUGACACAAGAAGUUGAUUCUUUUGACAGUUAUAAGAUGUCAGUGAAAGUAUGUGAAAUGAUGGAGAGUGGGAUCGGAGGAGUGUUUGGCCCUCACUCUGCGGACACAAGUGACCAUGUCCAGUCCAUCUGUGACGCAAUGGAAAUACCUCAUGUCGAAGCUAGGUGGGACUCGAGGCAGAGGAGAGGAUCUUGUCUGGUCAAUCUGUACCCUCAUCCUUCUACCAUGGCCAAGGUAUUUGUAGACCUGGUGCGAGUUUACGAGUGGGAAAGCUUUACGCUGGUAUACCAAGACAACGAUGGUCUGAUUCGUCUAAAUGGCCUGCUUACGUACUACGACCAUAAGGGCUUCCCUGUGACAGUGCGCCAACUGGACGAAGGCAAGAAUUACAGGCCAGUGUUUAGGAGAAUCAAGAAUACCAAUGAGAAGAACAUUGUAUUGGAUUGUUCAGCUGAUAUCUUAUACACUGUGUUGCUUCACGCCCAACAAGUUGGCCUGAUGGGCUCAGACUACAACUAUAUCAUUACUUCUUUUGACUUCCAGACGAUCGACUGGCAUCCAUUCAUGUACGCAGGAACCAACAUCACAGGAAUUCGAUUCUUUGAUCCCUCCUGUAGUCAGAUCGAAGAUCUCAUUCAGUUCUGGAGUAAACGAGAUGAAAACAUGAAAAUAACAAAUAAAACUUUGCGUGCAGAGGUCGCUCUGAUCCAUGAUGCAGUGUUGUUGUAUGCAAAGGCUGUAGAUCACCUGACUAAAAGUCAUGUUGUUCAGUCUAAACCACUUGACUGUGGCAACAAUGACAGUUGGGAGCACGGGUACAGCAUUAUCAACUUCAUGAAGGUGACCGAAAUAACUGGAUUGACUGGACUGAUAAAAUUUGACAAUGAGGGAUUCCGGACUGACUUCCGGCUGGACAUUGUCGAGUUGACUGCUGAAGGGCUGUUGAAGAAGGGAACUUGGAACUCUACAGAGGGCGUUAACUUCACUCAGACUGUAGAGACUCAGAAUGAAGUUGAUCUGAAAUUAGACCUAAAGAAUGUCACAUUUGUUGUAAUGAUUUCUUUGGUGGAUCCACAUGCCAUGUUCAGGGAAGAGACGGAGAAGCUGGAAGGCAAUGAUAAAUACGAGGGAAUGGGAAUUGACGUGAUCCACGAGCUUUCUCUCAUGAAUGGCUUCAAUUACACAUUCAAGGAACAUAAAGGAGGGAGUGGCAACCCGGACAAGGUCACCGGCAAGUGGGAUGGCAUGAUCGGGGAGGUCUUGGCAGGGAGGGCUGAUUUGGCCAUUGCUGACAUUACGAUAACAGAAGAGCGUGAAAAGGAUGCUGACUUCACUAUGCCUUACAUGAAUUUGGGGAUCAGUAUUCUAUACAAGAAACCGUCAAAGUCUCCGAGCCUGUUUUCAUUCAUGUCGCCCUUCAGCAAUGACCUAUGGAGGGCCCUGAUAGCUGCUUAUGUCGGUGUCUCUAUCCUUAUGUACAUCAUAGCCAGGAUCAGCCCUAAAGAGUGGACAAACCCCUACCCAUGUGUGGAUGAAUCCGAGUUGGAAGAGUUGGAGAACCAGUUCAGUCUGAACAACUCUUUUUGGUUUGUCACUGGCUCGAUCAUGCAACAGGGCUCUGAGUUGGCCCCCAUUUCAGCGUCAACACGAAUGCUGGCGAGUGUCUGGUGGUUUUUCAUCUUGAUCAUUGUGUCAUCUUACACAGCCAACCUGGCAGCCUUCCUCACCAUUGAACAGAAUGAAGAAAUCUUCAGUGACGUGACCGAACUUGCCAACCAGAGAGCUGAUGCUCCCAAUUUUGUCAAAUAUGGAGCCAAAGCUGGUGGGGCUACUGAGGGUUUCUUCAAGGCCUCUAACCACACGAUGUACCAGAAGAUGUGGCAUUAUAUGCAGGAGAACUAUGACGAUGUGAUGAUGAAGUCCAACAAGGAUGGAGUUAACCGUGUGUUGAGUGGCACCGACUACGCAUUUCUCAUGGAGUCAGCAUCCAUUGACUACGAGGUCCAACGUAACUGUGAUCUGCGACAGGUUGGCCAACCUCUCGACAGCAAGGGUUAUGGCAUCGUAAUGGCUAAACGAGCUUGGUACAGAAACAUCCUGAGCAGCAGUGUGAUAAAACUACAGGAGAAAGGAAAGUUCACUCAGCUCUACAAGAAGUGGUGGAAGGAGAAACGAGGAGGAGGGGCCUGUGAUGAUAGUUCAGCAGUGGGAGGAGAGGCUGUGUCCUUGGACUUGGACAAUGUCGGUGGAGUGUUUCUGGUGCUGGUGUUUGGUUCAACCUUUGCUGGUUUCAUAGCUCUGGGUGAACUGAUGUAUGAGAUCUAUGUUAAGGAAGACCGGGGGUCUUUCUUCCAAGAGUUGAAGAGAGAGCUCAAGUUUGUCAUACGCUGCAAGGGUACCGUCAAACAGCUCAAGGCAUCUUCCGAAGAAGAAAACACAUCAGAGGAAGAAAAUACUGACCAUGAGAGAAAAUUUGCUCUAUCGUAGUGUUAAAAGCACUGUAUGUUGUGAUGUUUUAUAGCUGUACUAAAGUAUUGUUUACUGUUA